AUGAAGGCGCACGAAGAGAAGACGAUGGCCGGCUCCGAUGCCGCAGACAUCGGCAAGGAAGCCACCCAGGCAGACAGCGUCGGGCACGGCACCGUCACCUCGGAGAGCGACGAUGUCGUCGUCGUCGCCCAGGCGGCGGCGGGCCAGCUCAAGCGCCGCCUGGGCAACCGCCAGAUCCAGCUCAUCGCCAUCGGCGGCUCCAUCGGCACGGCCACCUUCGUCAGCAUCGGCACGGGCCUGCUCCACGCCGGGCCGGGCGGCCUGCUGCUGGCGUACGCGCUGCACUCGGCCAUGGUGUCCAUGAUCAACAACUGCAUGGCGGAGAUGGCCGUCCUCAUGCCCGUCAGCGGUGCCUUUAUCCGCAUGGCCGGCCAUUGGGUCGACCCGGCGUUUGGGUUCCUCGCCGGGUGGAACUUUUUCCUCUACGAAGCCAUCAACAUCCCAUUCGAGGUCUCGGCCAUCAACGUCGUGCUGUCGUUCUGGCGGGAUGAUAUCCCCGCGGCGGCGGUGGUGGCAGUAUGCACGGCUCUGUAUUUCGGCAUCAACGUCUUCGCCGUCAAGUGGUACGGCGAGGGCGAGUUCUGGCUUGCCACUGGCAAGGUCGUCCUCAUUCUCAUCGUGUUUAGCUUCACCUUUAUCACCAUGGUCGGCGGGAACCCCCAUCACGACGCCUACGGGUUCCGGUACUGGAGGAACCCCGGGGCGUUUGCCGAGCAUAUUGCCAGUGGCGACCUUGGCCGCUUCGAGGGCUUUCUUACGGCGCUGUGGAACGCCACAUUUACCAUCGUGGGCCCCGAGUACGUGUCCAUGCUGGCCGGCGAGACGAAGCUGCCGCGCCGGUACCUCAAGAACGCCUUCAAGACGACCUACUUUCGGUUUACCUUCUUCUUCGUGGGUAGCGCCCUGUGUGUCGGUAUCGUGAUUCCGUACAAUGACCCGACCUUUGUGUCUAUCCUCAACGACCCCAACGGCAACUCUGGGUCUGCGACCGCAUCGCCGUACAUCAUCGCCAUGCAAAAUAUGGGGAUCAGCGUUUUGCCACACAUCAUAACGGCGCUGCUAAUCACGAGCAUCUUCUCCUGCGGCAACGCCUUUACGUUCUACGCGACGCGCAGUCUCUACGGCCUGGCGCUCGAAUCGCAGGCACCCGCCUUCCUCCGCCGAUGCACCCCGUCCGGCGUGCCCAUCUACUGCCUGGCCGUGACCAUGAUCUUCCCCUGCCUCGCAUUUCUCAACGUGUCGGGGAGCACCGCGCGCGUCUUGUCGUGGUUCAUCAACCUGGUCACCACCUCGGGCGUGCUCAACUACGCCAUCAUUGCGACGACGUACAUCUUUUUCUACCGUGCGACCCGCGCGCAGGGCGUCGACCGCUCCACGCUGCCGUACUACGGCUACGGCCAGCCGUACUGCGCGUGGGUCGCGCUGGUGUACAUGGCGCUGAUCGUCUUCGUCAACGGCUACGCCGUGUUUCUCCCGGGCCACUGGGACGUCAAGGACUUUUUCACGCACUACACCAUGGUACUGGUCAGUCCUGUGCUCUUUGUGGGAUGGAAGCUCGUUCACCGGACGCGUCUUGUGCGCCCGUCCGAGGCGGACUUGGUGUGGGAAAGGCCGGCGAUUGAUGCGUACGAACGAGAGAAUGAGGAAGACGAUUUGGGCUUCUGGAGGGAGGUGCUGCGGAUGGUUAGACCCGGCAGGGCCAAGUCUACUGAGUAA